GCGACUCCCUCAUUUUAUCGUACCCCGAGCGAAAAUGGGGACUCGAAGAGAAGAACCCACCGCCACCACCAACUGGAGCGAAGAAGUGGAGGACUUGGUGUCCGCCGGCGAAGUCUCCUCCGCCGUCUCCCUCCUCGAGUCCCUCAUCUCCAAACUCGAAUUGCAGCAAGAAGAUGAGCCAUCCUCCAAUCUCCAAUUGGCCUCCGCUCUCGCCGAAUUGGCCCGUCUCUACUCCUCCCAGGGCUUCUCUCUCAAGUCCGAUCAGCACCUCGCUCGAUCUUCCCUCCUCAAACAACGCGGUGGCGGCAGCUCAUCCUCUCGUGAUGUAGAGAUCGCCACGGAGGAUUUGAAGGACGAUCGAGGUGCAUCGCCGCGUGCUGCUCUGACCUGCAUUGACUCCUUGGGAUCUUCCGCUGAAGGGCACAUUCAGCAUCAGAUGCGUGAUGAUGAAGCAGCUUGCGAUGCAACUUCAGAGGAUGAUUGGGAAGCUUUGGCAGAUCGUUCUCCAAAUGAGUUACUCCCUGCAGAAUGCUUACCUGAAGUGUCAAAGCUUUCUUUGGAAGAUAGCAAAAAUACUAAAGCCCCUAAAAGGCGUGGAAGGGGCACUUUUACUUAUAAGAAAGAUGAAUUAUAUAGUGAUCGGGUAGCAGACGAUUUGACCAUUGAUGAAGUGGAUGAUGAAGGUCAAUCUCAUAAUUCAGAAGAAAAGCCUAUAUUGAGACCCUCUAGAUAUGGCACUAGUCAUGUUCUUGUUCUUGCUGGGUUUCCUCCAAGCACUAGAACAACAGAGCUAGAGAAGCUCCUCGAGGACUUCAUAAAUCGAGGAGUAGUGAUUCGGUGGGUCAAUGAUACUACUGCCCUUGCAGUAUUUCGAACACCAGCAAUUGCACUCGAAGCUCUUAGCAGUAUUCAAUUUCCGUUCACGGUACGAAUACUGGAGGAGGGGGAUUCUCUCUUGAGUUCAGUUCCAGCAACGGACUUGGAACCUCCAAAGCCAAGGCCACAAACAUCCGCCCGAACUGCUCAGAGGCUCAUUGCUCAGAGCAUGGGGUUGAAGUUGCCUUCCUCGUCCUUUGGUUCAAGAGAAUUGAGGGAACAGGAAGAAGCCCGAAAGGACCGGAUUGUGAGGAGGCAUAAGCUGAGAGAUGAUGCUUGGGGUGAAGACUGAAAAUUGAGGUUUCAUGGAAUCGAUGAAUCUUGAAAAGACGUAAAAACACAUUUUACAUGCGUCGUAUAGCACUCCUUUGAGGGGAUCUUAUCAUUUGGCACAUCGAGGGUCUUCCCAGCUGAAUCAGAAGGCAUUUUCAUC